AUGUGGCCUGGCCGUCCCUUCCGAGUUCCCCAUUGGGAUUCUCAGAGGGACCGCUCCCUCCAGACAUCGCGCAGUCUCAAGAACAGUCUCAUCGAAGAGGAGACGACUAUCAAUUUCGGCCACCGUGACAGAUCUCCGACCGUCUUGAUUUACACCUUAUGGCACAAGGAGAGCGACAAGACAUGGAAGCGGGCAAUCGAAGACAUGGUUACCUCGGUCAACAAAGACUUAUCAACCGUCAUCGACAAAGGGUUCCACCUUGAAAUGAUAGCUCCUAAAGCUCUCAUGAUGUCUUAUCCGAACGAUAAAGGUAUUCUUUGGAAGGAGUCAAAGGAUGCGGUACGCCGGCAUUUUGCUGCCAUGCAACCAUACCACUUGGAAGAUAUCUGUAUGAGGUCAGAUUAUCAGAAAAAUUAG